AUGAAGUUCACUCAAGCUAUCGUUUCUGCCAUCUUGGCCACCAGCUUCGCCUCUGCCGCUGUCCUCCCAGCUCGCAACAUCAUUGUUUCCGAGCCCGAGGCUGCCAACAAGCGCAACAUCAUUGUCUCCGAGCCUGAGGCUGCCAACAAGCGCAACAUCAUUGUCUCCGAGCCUGAGGCUACCAACAAGCGCAACAUCAUCGUCUCCGAGCCCGAGGCUGCCAACAAGCGCAACAUCAUCGUCUCCGAGCCAGAGGCUGCAAACAAGCGCAACAUUAUUGUGUCUGAGCCCGAGACUGCUAGUGCCAAGCGCAAUAUCAUCGUCUCCGAGCCCGAGGUUGCCAGCAAGCGCAACAUCAUCGUCUCCGAGCCCGAGGUUGCCAGCAAGCGUAACAUUAUCGUCUCUGAGCCUGAAGCUGCUGAGGCCAAGCGCAACAUUAUUGUUUCCGAGCCCGAGACAGUCGCCGCUAAGCGUAACAUUAUCGUCUCUGAGCCAGAAGCUGCCGAGGCUAAGCGUAACAUCAUCGUCUCUGAGCCUGAGGUUGCUGAAUCCAAGCGCAACAUUAUUGUUUCUGAGCCUGAGACCGCCGAGGCCAAGCGCAACAUCAUUGUGUCUGAGCCAGAAGUUGCUGAGGCUAAGCGCAACAUCAUUCCAGAAGUUGCUGAGGCCAAGCGCAACAUCAUCGUCUCCGAGCCUGAGACCAACAAGCGCAAUAUCAUCGUCUCCGAGCCUGAGACCAACAAGCGCAACAUCAUCGUCUCCGAGCCCGAGACCAGCGCUUAAGAAGUAUCAGAUCUAGCGACCAACAUCAGACCCAAAAUCGACCAGAUUUUGGUUCUUCCACGCGGCCAGCCUGCAAAGACAUCCACAGGCUCCGCAACCUGGUCAUAUGGCUGGAGACCACAGACUGCUCGAGUCAAGAGACUUCAAUGAGUCGCUCAGACUCAUGUCUUCUGCUACUUCUUUCUCUUGUUGGCCUAUCCAGCAAGGCAUCUAGUCAGGGAAGGCGAUGCCAAUUGGCCACGUGUGGCCCCUUUCCCUUGUUGGUGGAGGUGAUAUUCUGGGCUAUUGGACAAUCAUUUAACGGUAGUGUUAGACGGUCGGGCUGAAAUUGUCAAGGUUACUAUAGAUAUUCACUUGUGGUUGGC